AUGAUGCGUCGCAAGACUGCCAAAUCCAGCGUGACCCAGAGCGACAGCGUCCAGGUGGGCAAAUACAUCCAGCACGGAAGCGAAAGCGCCAGCRCAGAGCGAACACUGCUUCCACCGUGCAUGGUCACGUUCGUGUUUCCAAGCACCUCCGAGUCCAUCACUACAGACGUCGCCGGCAGUCGUCAGAGAUCGUGGUUUAUUAAUGAAUGCAUCGAGCAGGACUGGUUUGAUGCUUGCGGCCGGCGAAUCUACCUGCUUGACAUCACCCCUGCCGAGUUCGAGAAGUACACGUCGUGGGUACAGUUUGGAACCAUUUCCACGAGAAAUCUCAAAGCGCCACCCCCAGACUCAUCGGCGGAAACCGUGGCAUACCUCAGACAGCACGAGCAAUGCCUUGUCAUCGACCGUCUCGUCCACUGGUGGGUUAUCGGCGACGCAAUGCAAGACGAUGGCCUGAAAGCCGCGUCGAUGGCCAUGCUCAACAAGUAUUCUCAAGAGAGAUACGAGCUCCCUAUUCAAAGCUUCGAACACGGAUGGGCGAGAUCCAGAGACGGCUCCGAGCUGCGUCGAUGGAUCUUCAACAUGUUGAAGCAAACCCUGACGCUGCCUAUCCUCAAGGAGCGAGCGGAACAUAUGCCUCCGGAUAUGAUUCGCCAGCUGUUCAUCUCCUUCAUGGAAGCUAAGAACAACGACAUGACGCUAAUUUCUCCGAAAGCCAGUGGCUGCGACGAAGCUUCUUCUUGA